AUGGAGGGUAAAAAAAAUUGUACAAUUUUAUCUUUGUAUAGUGAUAAUAUGAACCAAAAAGGAACAUUACGUUAUAUUUCUUUUAAAUUCAUUUGCUUAAGUUUAUAUGUAAUUGGAUUUUACUAUGUUUUUCUAAAUACAUACUUAGAAAAGAAGGGCCUACAAAUUGUUAAUAUUAGCAAUGUAUAUGAACGCAAUUUAAGUGAAGCAGAAAAAAAUAGUAACGGUUCACAAAGGAAAAGAAAUUUAAAAUUUAAAAAUGAAGAUGUAAAUAAAACACAAACUAAUGGAAAUAUAAAAAGUAAUGAAAAAAAAGUACAGGAAAAUAAUGAUUGCGCUAACAAUGAUAUGAAGAAUAAUAAUGUGGAAAAUAAAAGUAAUAGUUCUAUUAAUAAUGUAAAUUAUAAUGAUAUGUCAAAACAUUUAACAGAAAAGGAAUUAUAUGAUGUACUAGAUUCAUUAAAAGAAUGUCCCUCAAAAGAAGAUCUUAGAAAUAUAUGGUCUCACACAGUUGGUGUGGCAAAAGAAGGUGUUGUUGAUAUACAGAAAGCUUUAAAGGCAUCAAUACAAAAAUAUUUAGAUAAUGAUUUUUUGAAUAAGUUUAUUCAAGGUAAAGAUCAUUAUGUAUAUAACUUUAGAUUGAAAGAACAUAUUACAAAUAUUUUGGCAGCAGUAGCAACUGAAGAGGGAGAAUACACUAAACAUUUUUAUACGUUAAUUAAUAAAAAACAUACACUUGAUGAUAUAUUAAAAUUUAUUUAUUCAUUCUUAGAACAUUUCAAAACAUUAAAAAAACAGUUAUAUGAACAACACCAAAAGGAACUAUUAAAUGAUGUUGAACAAGAACGUUAUACACGAGGACAAAAGAUAUAA